AUGGCAGGUGCAGUCACGACAUAUCUUGUUAUCCUCAUCCAAUUCCAAAAGGCUGAUGACACCAAAGAUGCAAGUAAUAUAUUGAAGAAUGCAACUCUUUUCCUGCAAAAUGUUUCAUCACUGCACAAUUCAACGGGCCUGAAGACUCCAUAG